GAGGCCGUUUGGUGCUGGCAGGGAGACCAGAGGGCGCCGGUGUCUCCGUUUCGGGGGCGCAGCAUCUGCGGGUGGAGGCUGGCGGGCCCGUCGCGGGCGAUGGGGAGCGCCGAUUUCUGCGGUCGGUGCCCUGCCUCCAGCGUGCCAGGGUACCGCUCUCCUCCCGGGCCACGCCCACGCCGGGCGCCUGACCGGCGUCGUCGGCCGCGGGCGGCCCCGCUGGUCGCGGUGGCCAGCGUGCUGCCGUCGUGGGACCUGCGCCGCACGGCGGCCAUGCUCCAGAGCAGGGAGGCCGAGCGGCAGCAGGCGGCGGCGGCGGGGAGGCGCGCGGCGGCCGGCGGGGCUGGCGGACGUGCGCAGGCCCGCCCUCAGGGUGCGGCAGCCGGCCGGGGAGCCCCAGCGGCGCCUCGCGGGGAUGGGCGGCCGGGGCGGAGCGGGGGGCGCCGGCCGCCGCUGCAGCGCGCCUACUGCGAGCUCGGCCGGAGGCUCGCCGCGUGCGACCACUGCGGGCGCGGGCGGGCGAGCGGCUCCCCUCCGAGCGGCCUCUGGGGGCGGCCGGGCCGCGGGCCCGCUCAGGAGUCCGGCCGGCCCUGCCACAGGCCGUCGAGGACGCCGAGGCCCAAGUGGUCAGGCUGCGGCUGGAGGCGCAGAGGCCCAGGACCGGUGCGCGGGGCUCGGGCUGCGGCCGGGGCCGGGCCCAGCGAGGGGGCCAGAGGGCGGGCCUUCCGGACCCCCAGCCCCGCAGACGAGGAGGCGCCCGGGCUGAAACGCCAGGUCGGUGAGCUGCACGACGUGCUCAUGAAGGGCGUGGGCGACCGCAUGCGCUCCGACGGCCGACGGCCUCUUGUCGUCGAACCUUCAGGCCAGACGGCCACCUUCCUGCGCUUCCAGGACACCAACUACGUGGACACGGUGAACCCGGACCACUUGCGGCCGCAGAGGAUUCGGCUGGCGCUGCCGGGGGCGCUCAGGUACGGGAAGCCGCUGGUGCCCCACCUGCGCGAGACGGAUUUAUUCCCGGGGGUGCCGCGGCAGCGGGAGGCGGUGCAGCCCGGCCUGGGGCAGGGGCUGCUGGGCCGCGGGCUGCUGGAGCCGGAGAGGCACCUGUCGCUGCUGCGGCCCCCGACGCCCGAGUACGGCCCCACCCUGUUCCAGGCGGCGCGCCGGAGGCACUUCCGCCUCUUUUCCGUCACCAAAGUGUGGUGGCCGCCGGCCGAGCAGCUACCGGCCCUGCUCCGGGUGCUCGUGCAGCCUCCUAGUGGAGGCCUCCAGAGCCCGGCCCAGUAAAGUUCGCUGGGUCCGCGACUGUGCGCGUCCUGCUGUGUGCACGCGCCUGGGGUGGGGCUGUGCGCGCGUUCACGUCCGCGGCCCCAGCCAGCGGAGCCCCAGCUGGAGGCCCUGGUCUGCGAGCUCCCGAGAGCACCGGGGAGGAAAGGCCGGGAGGGGCGCGGGAGUCGGCCGCGCCCCCGCUCCCCCAAACACCUUC